CCAAUAUACUCACAUAAUAAUCUUACUCAAGAUAAGCUUUCACAUACAAAGUUCUAGCAAUACCUCAAAUCUUUUUGAAAUUCAUCAAUGUCGGUUCUUUCAUCUCGGACAGGACGAGAUCGUCAACGUUACGACAACAACUUCCGACUCGUUUCUGGAUGCAUUCCGUAUCGUCUGAUCAAAGACAAGAAACUUGAAGAAGACACAAGUGUUGACUUUGUAAACAAGCUUCAAGUUCUCAUGGUUUCAUCUCCUAAUCGUCAUGAUCUUGUCUUCCCAAAGGGAGGAUGGGAAAAUGAUGAGACCGUUCUUGAAGCUGCUUCUCGCGAAGCCAUGGAAGAAGCUGGAGUUAAAGGAAUACUUAGAGAAGUUCCUUUAGGAGUUUGGGAAUUUAGAAGCAAAAGUAGUAUUAGUACCAAUGCGGAGGAUGAAUCUUUUGGUGGAUGCAAAGGCUAUAUGUUUGCAUUAGAGGUAACCGAAGAACUCCAGGAAUGGCCAGAACGUGGGAAUCGCCAAAGAAAAUGGUUGAAUGUUAAAGAAGCAUUAGAGCUGUGUCGGUAUGAGUGGAUGCAGAGAGCACUUGAAGCGUUUUUGAGAGUAAUGCAAGAAGAAGAAGAAGGAAAAUAGAGAACAAAGGAAGAGACAAUGCAAGAUAAUUCUUCAAACUAGAGGAGAAUUGAUGAUGUUCGUUUUAAGUUAAAAUAUGUAUCAGUGUUUUUAAUUUUAGCGUAAAAUAAAACUUAUCUAGAUGACUCAUCCAUGUGAGUUUUAAUUGGUGUAUUGGGAUGGAGAUGAACUUAUUCAAAAUAAUAAUGACAAAUCUAUCCUUAUUAUAAUAUAUAUUAGAGUCAACAUGAUCAUUUGGAAAAGAAGGUAAGGAAAUCUAUUUGAUGUUACCAACAUGCUCAUCAUCAUCAUCAUCAUUAUAACAAUGUGGAAACCCGUUAAUUAGUUAUACUAGCAGAAAACUGUUGUUCUUUACAGAAAAAGAGAUAGUAUCAGUUACAAAAUACAAACCGGUUGUUUUCUGGUGGGUGAUCUUGAAGAAAACAGAAACUAGAAGAUCUCAAACUCGUAUUAGGUCACAAAGAUACAAAGGGGUUAAAAAGUCUUAGUUAUAUAUCUUGUAUUGAGUUGAGAUUUAGAGUAUAGUUUAAAUUUGGUUAACUAUAUGUUUUUCAUAAUGUUAUUUUAAUUGUAGUCCUCAAAUCAAGUUAUAAAAACUAUAAAGUGAUAUGAAAUACAAAAUUAGACAAGAUUUUCUUAUAUUAAUUAUUAUUUUUGGCAGCAGAUUUUACAUACUAUUAAUAGAAAAGUUAGAUAAGAUAUGAUUUAACCAAAAUUAACUGUUUCUUAAAGCUGUGAUCAUAUUAUUAUUAUCUUUCUGGUUUUUGACGAUCAAGAAGAUAUAUUACUCUCACAUCGCGACUCAUGCAGUCUGGUGUGAUAUCCACAUGUACUAUAGCCUCAUUUUAGUAAAAAUAAAAAACAUAAUAGAAGAGCAAAAAACAUCUCAUCAACAAAACGUAACAUACAAGAAAUGGUUCGUGCUUCCAAAUACAUCAAUGGAAGUACCAUGCAAGUAGGGGUUUGGUAAUAACAGUAAAGUUCUUAACACACAUGGCUUAAGGGUUUUAUGAAACAUAUUAUCGGACACAAUCUCAACUCUAUAGCAACUUGUGGUAAGAGAUAUACUUUAAUUGUCCGAAAUACUUAAAAAAAAUGGAAUAUAGCUCGAAACCGAUUGAAAGUACGUAGUAAAUACCAAUUCGGUGUCAAUGGUCUCCUUGGAAACACAUCUCAAGAUAAGUUUUUGUAGCAUCUAUUAUCAUCCAGAGUUAUUCUCUUUAGUGGAGAAUAUUACUCUGUUGAUAUGAACUGUAACAAGUCAAUUAUGGAAUCAGAUCCGUCAGUCACUUGCUUCAUCUUCCUAAGUAACUUCGUUUUAUUGAUAUUUUCUUAAAAAAAUUGAUUUAAAUAGAGAGAGUUGAUGGUCACAAACAGCAAUGAAUGCUCGUUGGUACACACUCUCCCUAAAAAUAGAGAGAACUUAAAAACAAGAAGAUUUUUUUUAUUUUUAAAAAGUUAAUUCUGGAAAAUAAAAAAACGAGAGUUGUUGUUUCUCACGAAGAUGAAGAUGAAAUGAUAUUCCAUGAUGAUCAUGUUUCUUACUAAACCCUAAUAAUCAAGAAGAGAGGGCUUUUCAAGAACGUAACAGACAGCAUUCUCUUUUUUUUUUUUUUGGUUUUGUGUUGAAAUCUUUUGUUGCAGAUUCAUCAAUGUCCGUUAUAUCAUCUCGGACAGGACGAGAUCGUCAACGUUAUGACAACAACUUUCGUCUCGUUUCUGGUGUUUUCUGAACAGAUGCAUUCCGUAUAGGCUGAUCAAAGACGAGGGAAUUGAAGAAGACACAAGUGUUGACUUUGUAAACAAGCUUCAAGUUCUCAUGGUUACAUCUCCUAAUCGUCAUGAUCUUGUCUUCCCAAAGGGAGGAUGGGAAGAUGAUGAGACAGUUCUUGAAGCUGCUUCUCGUGAAGCCAUGGAAGAGGCUGGAGUUAAAGGAAGCCUUAGAGAAGUUCCUUUAGGAGUUUGGGAAUUUAGAAG